GUUGGUUACUCAUCUCAAGAGAACUGGCUACUAAUCUGAGGCAGUCGCUGUCGCCAAUUCCAGAGUGUGGCGGCCCUUAGCAUGAGAUCCCGUGUUAUUCUGUUCUGCUUGUGCGCCGUUGUAACUUCGGAGGUUCAGCCGCCAGCAAAGAUUUCGGUGGAAACGCCACACUGUCGAACAAAGCAGGGAUGUGACGAGCUAUGGGAGGUCCCGAAUCUCAGCAACUGCAUAGACAAUGUGUGUGUUUGUACCGGAGGCUCGCGGUUUGUGGAGAGCAAUAAGACCUGUGAGUGCCAGCUCGGACAAGUGGCCGGACGCACAGAAUGCCUUCCAGCUGCUACUGAACGGGGCGCCAGUUGUCGAGAAGACGUCCAGUGCAAACUUCUGGGGGAACUCGUCGUCUGCGAUGAAGGAGAAUGCCGUUGUGCGAGAGACGCUGUGAUUGUCGAUGGCGCGUGUUUCCAGAAGAAAUUUCCUUCUGAAUAUUGUGAUUCCGACGGGGAAUGUGAGCACAUCGGGAAAGCGUUCUGUCGACAGAACCUCUGCAGUUGUGACGAAGGACACGUCGCCAGCCCUGACAAGCAGGCCUGCCUUCCAAUACUGAAGGGCCUACACGAUCCGUGUGUGCAGGACAUUCAAUGUUCGGAGUCCUUUGGCCCAGGACGUCGCUGUCACACAAGAUGCGUCUGCAGAGACGAUUUCCACGAGGUGAACAACGAGUGUGUCGAGAAUAAAGGGCUGGGUGAACAGUGUUCAUCGCAUUCAGACUGCCACGUCGAGUCUGGAAUAGACGGCUCGGAGCUGACUUGCGUCGAAGGAAAAUGCGAUUUCGAGAAAGGACAGCGCAAGGAGUCGAACCCCGGCAGAAAUACUGGCGCUCAUAGCUGCUCGUCUUUCAUACUCUUCGUUACGGCUGUCAUGUUUGUAAGCCUGGACGCUUUUUUUUUACGUCGGUGACACAUAACCUCAAUUGACCAAGAAGAAUUUUUAUCCUGACCUCGACUUUAAAAUGUUUGUGAUUACUGUAUCGUCAUUUACCCAACUUUGUCUUCUCCUCUGUCCACUUUCCUCAUGUCCUCGUUCUUCUGCACGAUGACACAGCUUUGUUCUCGUGAAUAAACCGGAUGAUAUUUUUCGUUCUGUAUUUCGGGAAGUGACUUAAAAAUCGUAAUAUGUAUUCAUGUUCCGCGAAGAAGUUACAAACAAACUAUGUAAAAUAUAUCCACGUAAGUUAAUUGCUCAUUUUUCAAUACUAGAGCAGAGCGCUCCUUUCGGAGCUCCUCAGGGGGGUUGAUAAAGUUUUUAAUAC